CCGCGGCAGCCGCGGCCGCGUAGGCGCCCAGCCCCGCGCAGCUCCGCGCCGCGGCGCCCCGAGAGGGCGGCGGCCGGACGGCCCGGGCCUGCCCAGCGGCUGCCCCGCGCCCCGGGCCCAGGGCGGCCAAGGCGCCGCGAGCCGCGCAGCGCAGCUCGGCGUGCAGGAGCCCCGCGCCCGGGCCGCGCGGGCACAGCCAGACAAAGGCGCGGCCCGGCCCGGCCCAGCUCGGCCCAGCCCAGUCCGGCCCGGCCCGGCGGCCCUCGGCACCCCGCCCGCUGCCGCCCCGGCCCGUGCCGGCCGAGCCGCUCCCGCUGGGCGCCCUGACGGGGUCCGGCCCGGGGGCGGAGGUCGCGGCCGCCGACGAUGGGGAAAUCCAACAGCAAGUUGAAGCCCGAAGUUGUGGAGGAGCUGACCAGGAAAACCUACUUUACCGAGAAGGAAGUCCAGCAGUGGUACAAAGGUUUCAUCAAGGACUGCCCCAGCGGGCAGCUGGAUGCAGCGGGCUUCCAGAAGAUCUAUAAGCAGUUCUUCCCCUUUGGAGACCCCACCAAGUUCGCCACAUUUGUUUUUAACGUCUUUGAUGAAAACAAGGACGGCCGGAUUGAGUUCUCUGAGUUCAUCCAGGCGCUGUCCGUGACCUCGAGGGGGACGCUGGACGAGAAGCUGCGCUGGGCCUUCAAGCUCUACGACUUGGAUAAUGAUGGCUACAUCACCAGGAACGAGAUGCUGGACAUUGUGGAUGCCAUUUACCAGAUGGUGGGGAACACUGUGGAGCUCCCCGAGGAGGAGAACACCCCCGAGAAGAGGGUGGACCGGAUCUUCGCCAUGAUGGACAAGAUGCCCGGGAACCACUCACCUCCUCCCCUGCCAUGAGGCCACCUCAGCCCCGACACCACCCUCUUGUGUCCACCCAGCCUCUCCCUGCAUCCACGCCCAGCCGGGCUGCCCUGGAGCCGCGAGGCCCGGCUCUCCUGCCCUUAGCCCUGCGCCCGCCCGCUGCCUGAAGCCACUGGCUCCACUUGCCAACAACCUCCGCUUGUCCAGAAAACAGCAACACUGAAUGGAAAAGCCCUCUGCGAAACCAAGGACGCGGCUGCUUCGCAGGCAGCCCCUCCGUCCCUUCUGCUCUCCUGCGCGUGUGCUUUUGUUUUUUAUUUCAAACAGACAUUGAAAAAGAAAAAAAAAAAACUACCUUCUGUGCAAAGACACAGACUGACAGAUGGGGAGAAGGCCUUGGGACCUCGGAGCACUCUGCCUGCUGCCUCUGCUUCCGGCAGCCAGGGGGGCCACGGGCAGGCAGGCCCUCAGCCACGGGUGGGCUCGGGGUGUCGGGGGGCCUGAUGAACGUUAUUUGUUGUCCCAUCCUUGAGCAGCAAGACCACCUGCGUGGCUAGGAUGAUUAAUUAUGACGAUUUGUUUUGUGAUAACAGUAUUGUGCUUUUUGUGGGGAAAGUGAGGAUUUUUUUUUAUACAUAUAUAAUUGAUAUCUUUUAUUUAUUGGUUCUUAACUGUUGCUGCUGCCUCACGUGUCCGAAGCUCCCAGGGAUGUGAGGCCUCCGUUUACAUGUGCACACCCUCGCCCACCUGCCCACAUGCGCUUGGGAGGAUGGUGGCCUGCAGCGGCCAAGAAGCCAAAAAACUUUUUUUUUUCCAGAUACUGUGCUGGAUGUUUGGAGAGGGGAAAGGUGGGUUUCUUAAAUGGCUAAUGCACUGUUCCCUCCAGCCCAAAUGCCUCCUUCUUGAACCUCUUUUCUCUCCGCCCUGUCCACGCUCCCCAUCCUGUGUCCUCCCCUGGGUCCAGAACAUCUUUUCUGAGGACUAACAGGGGACCUCCUUUGGUUUCUCAGCUCUUACUUUGGUGUUUGCGGAAGCACGGAGAAUGGAGAGGCUUAUUCUGAGCCUGGGAGUGGGAAGGGGCCAGUGGAUACGUAGGAAAGAGUGAAGCAGGGGUGUCUUUGCAAGCAGGUGAGCAGACCUAUAGGCUCCUUCCUCCUCCUUGGUGGUUUAGGAACUAGUUUCUCAUUUCUCUCCCACCUGCUGGCCGGCCUGCCUCUCUGCCUUGUCCCGUCCACAGAGCACCCUUCUCCCCUUCCUGGCUUACCUCCAGUGCUGGCUGGGAGGGAGAAGGGAAGGGCUGUAGGCAUUCCCACUCAGUAGUGGCUGCUCCUCCUGUCUGUGGCCCACAUGUGCUCACAGGAAGCUUCUAGUGCUGUCUGCCACCAACACAGGGCAGCUCCAGAACUGCUACCAGGGAAGUCAGAUGCCCUUGGGCCAGAGUCCAGGAGUCCGAGGCUGGCCUUGGCUGUGAUUGUGGGCAGCGCCCUGUCCUCCCUGGGCCCCAACUAUGAGCCAGAAGGGGAGCCCCUCUUCCACGCUGAUGCUGUGUGAUUCUAGGCCUGGGUUUCCUGUACUGCGUCAUUCUGCGGUCUGUGGUUAAGUUUGCCAGACCCCAGCAGACACGGGGACUGUCUGAGUCACUGUUUUGUCUCUUGGCACAAGUCUUCAGGGACAUAGCAGCCGCUGUUCGUGAUGUGUGGGGUCAGAUGGCAUUCCUAGCCCCUGCCUGCAGUGCUUCCUCGCCCCUCCUGGACUCCUGAGCUAGCUUGAUGGCCCAGCGCUUGUCCUCAGCCGGGGAAGGUUCCUGGCGGGGGGGCAGCAGCCUCUGCUGCUUUGCAGAGUCGGCCAUCUCUCAGCUCCCUGCCUAUCCCGGCCUUAGAGGGGAGAAGCUGACCCUCAGUUCCUGCUUCGAAUUGCCCUUGGUCUCCACUCUGCACUCACCCAGGAGGCCAGAGUUUCUCCUGCUAAGUACCCCUCAGCCAACAGACCCUCCACUCCGGAGAGUGGCUGUGCCACUCUGGGCUUGCGUGUCCGUUGCUGUCGGCUGAAAUGCUCAGCCAUCCCCCGACUCUCCCUUCUUGCAUUAGCAGACCCCUUGGCUUCACUCUGCCUGUACUGCAAGCCCCCCAGAUCCUGUGGGGGCCAGGCAGAACUUCUGCUUUCACAGACGACUGAAGGCUCGGUUCUUUGAGCCACCUGCGGUCACCUUCCUGCUCAGGCCACUGGCCGAAGAGGCCCAGGACUCCGCCAAAUCCUGCAGUUCCUCAGGCUCUGACCUAGGACCCUAGGAUAGGAGGUGAACUUGGUGGCCUGGGUCGGAAGGAUGAGGGCGGGGCCUCUCUCCAGGUCAAAUUGCUUCUCUGGCCACUGCCUGAGCCUCGCUUUGCCUCUCUGAUCCAGUGGGAGGCGCUGCUAAGCAGCCCGUUCUGGAGGCAUCAUGGGAAAGGGACCUGUAGUUGAGAUCUCUCCAGGGUUAAGCACGUGGACCCCUCCAGUGGAGGCACUGAUUCCCAGGUGGUUAUGGGGCAUUUGCGUGCCAGGCCUUCCUUCCAUCUUCCUGCCCUUUGGCCUUUUGGUUUGGAGCCACAGGUGUGGCCUUUGGCUUUAGCAGACAGUGGACUCAGGCCUGAGGCACCCUUGGGUCCAUGCCCCAAGUCAGCCCAGAGCUGCUGGGAGGGCCACCUUCUUCCCGGCAGGGUGUUGGACCCUGGCCAUUUUGCCCACGGCUCCCUGGCAGGGACAGUUUUGUUCCCUCUUCUCUCCAGGCCUCCAGGCGCCACCCCCUUGGGCCUCUCUCCCCAGGGCUGUUUCCACCGGAGGCGCAGCCGGGUAACGUGCUGCUCCCUGCAGAUUCCAGACCAACCCAAAGCCAGGCUCUUGGUCCCCCUGCUGAGCCCCGCUCCUUGCUCCCUGGGCCCAGGAGCAGGGUCCAGCCGCGGACAGCCCCUCCAUAGUGGCCCUGGCCUUUUCCUCACAGCGUCUGCUCCCCACUGUGUGUUGAUAGCACUUGGGAGGAUGUAACGAGUUUGCAGUAUUUAACCAGGUAACAGCAGAGUGGCACCAGGGCUAGCGGACGCGUCCUCUUCCCCUGAAAUGCUUUUCAGUUUGACAGCCAACUUCCUAGGCAACAGGCGCACCUGGGCUUUUGCGGACAUUGUCUCUUCUCUGGGGGUGGGGGACUUUGGGGUGCCUGUUCCCCGGGAGAGGCACCCCCUCCCUGCAGAAAGCAAGCUACCCAGUUCCCAGCACAGCUUCAACUUCUGAGGGGGCCCAAGGGAACGUGGGGGCGCCCCCUGGUGGUGGUGAGCUGCAAAGGCAUUCGUGGGCCCCAGCAGGCCAAACGUAAUUGCACUGGGCAGUUUGGGGUGGGGAGGCAAGGGUUCUGAUCUCACCCAGGCCCUCGGCCUCCAGCCCCACCUUAUUGGCAGCGUGUCUCCCAGAUGCCCCUCUUCUAGGUCUCUCCCUUAGCAAGUUAAAUAGCAUAAAGGCACUGUGAUGGGAAGCCUUGCCCCUCCUCUUUUUUAAUAUCUGCAAAUAAACCCGAUGGUUGACUUUUGAAUGAAUAAAAGGCUUUUGUUGAAUAAA